AUGAGAUACGCCCAGUUAGUUGUUGGACCUGCAGGAAGUGGAAAGUCUACCUACUGCUCAACCAUUGUCAAACAUGCCAGCGAUUCCAAGAGGAUAAUUGAGGUGGUGAAUCUCGAUCCAGCAGCAGAACACUUUGAUUAUGAACCACUUGUUGACAUCAGGGAGCUGAUCCAUUUAGACGAUGCAAUGGAAGACGAAGAGCUUCAGUUUGGACCAAAUGGUGGACUUGUGUUUUGCAUUGAAACACUCUUAGAAAACAGUGACUGGCUACAAGAGCAACUGGGUGAUGUUGAUGAUGACUAUAUCCUUUUCGACUGCCCGGGUCAGAUAGAGCUCUACACACACCUAUCUGUGAUGCGCAAGAUAGUAGACUUGUUGCAGAGCUGGAACUUCAGGAUAUGUGUUGUCUUCAUGAUUGACUCGCAGUUUAUGGUUGAUGGUGCCAAAUUCUUAUCAGGGACAAUGGCUGCCCUUAGUGUAAUGGUAAAUUUAGAAUUAUCUCACGUAAAUGUUUUAUCAAAAAUGGAUCUACUCACCAAAACAGCCAGGAAGCAACUGGAUAAUUACUUAGAUCCAGAUCCGCACGUAUUACUCGCGGACAUGAGGAAUGCAAAAUCGAAAUGGCACGAAAAAUACGCGAAGUUGACAGAAGCCAUCGGAGAGGUCAUAGAGAAUUUCAGCUUAGUGAGGUUCUACCCGCUAAAUAUAAAGGACGAGGAAAGCAUAGAAAACAUCCUUCUGACCAUAGACAACAUUAUACAGUACGGCGAGGACGCAGAUGUCAAAAUAAGAGAUUUCGAGGAAUUAGAUCCUGAAGAUAAUGAAAAUUAUGAUUAA